CUCGUCGGAAACGUGAAGCCGACCAGCCUUCCACAACAAACAAUCCGGGGGUCCACGCCUUCUAACCCUAUCAUUAUAGAGGAGUCUGAUCUAACGCACCUGCCUCAUAUCGAUCCAAGUCAACUCACUUCAGUCAAUGGAGAGGACAUCAGCUCCCUCAUCAGACAGAAAAAUAUAUAUCCUGUGUUAUCAAGCAUCGUGAAACUCCUGAGCAACUCUCCAGCUACGUCCACACAACCACCAUCUGCUCAUGAUCGCCCAUCUUCGCGCUCAUGCAGUGAGCGCGCAACGACGGCUGCACCCCCGCUGAAGCGCCGCAAACUUACAAGCGUCCCUGCUGGUGCAGUGGAGUGGGACGUGCCUUACCCCUUUCCUGAAGGUGAGGGCCCUGAGGCAUAUCACGCUACAUGGGAGCGGGAACGUGCGAGGCAUCUAAUUAUGCAGCUUGUGGAGUCGAUCAAGGCUGCUUCUGAG